AUGGAAGACGAAGUGUACCCCCUCACGCUUCUGACCGAAGAGCUCAAGAGCGACGAAGUGGAGACGCGAAUCAAAGCCAUGCGACGUCUGCGCACUGUAGCACAAGCGCUGGGGCCCGAGCGCACCCGCUCGGAUCUGUUGCCGUUUCUUCGUGAAGCUACCGAAGACGAAGAUGAAGUGGUUGUGGCGCUCGCAGAAGAACUUGGCGGCUUUGUGGACCUUGUCGGUGGCGCGGAACAUGCCUCGAUGCUGGUAGAGCCCCUGGAAGUCUUGGCUGGAGUUGAGGAGACGGUGGUGCGUGACCGCGCCGUUGACUCGUUGCAGAAGGUGGUGGCUGUAGUGCCCAACGUGGAUGACGUGAUGGUACCGCUGGCCAAGCGUCUGGCUGAAGGUGACUGGUUCACAUCGCGCGUUUCCGUGUGUGCGCUCUUUGCAUCGAUUUACAGCAAGUUGGCCGACGCUGGACGCAAGAAGGAGUUGCGCGAUUUUUAUCAGAUGAUGGGCAACGACGACACGCCGAUGGUCCGUCGUGCUGCUGCUGCCAACAUUGGUAAGUUUGCCGCGGCGAUGGAGAAAGAGCACAUUGCAGGCAUCAUUCUGCCGCUGUUCCGAGCACUUACGGCGGAUGACCAGGACAGUGUGCGUCUGUUGGCUAUCGAGAACUCGACGGCGAUUGCCGAGCUGCUGUCGGAGAAUGACAAUUUGAUGCACAUACUUCCUAUUGUGCGCUCAUCCGUGGAAGACCGCUCGUGGCGCGUACGGUUUAGCAUCGCGAAGGACUUUUUCCCGCUUUCACGUGCUAUGGGAUCGCAAAUCACAGAGUCUGAGCUGCUUGGUUGUUUUAGCAAUCUCCUUCAGGACGCGGAAGCCGAAGUACGCGCUGCCGCUGCGAAGAAUCUGUCGGGCUACAUCUCGAUUGUCAAGAACGAGCUGUUCAUGAGUGAGAUUCUUCCACUGCUGUCAGCACUGUCGCAGGACACAGCGCCCAAUGUUCGCACGGCUGUUUCUGUCGCAUGCAUGGAGCUUGCACCCAAGCUGGGCGAAGCCACGUCCAAGUCGACACUAGCCCCUCUGCUGCUUCUCUUCUUGCGCGAUGAGAUUGUGGAUGUGCGUUUGAACAUUCUGAAGCGGAUGGAACUUCUUGCCCAAUGGAUGUCUUCGUUUGAGUCGGUACUUUUGCCGGCCAUUGCCGACUUGGCACGCGACCUGCAGUGGCGUGUGCGCGAAGCAGUAGUUCUAUCGAUUCCCGCUCUUGCCGGCAGUCUGGGUGCUCAGUACUUCCAGGAGCACUUGCUGGAGACCUAUGUUAGCGCUUUCACAGACAUGGUGGGUGAGGUUCGUUUGAGUGCUACUAAGAUUCUACCACAGCUACUGGAGUCUCUGGGCAGCGACAGCAUCCUUCAGAACGUAAUGCCGCGCCUGAACCAGAUCUUCGAGAAGUCUGUUAUCUACCAAGAGCGAGUCAAUGUGCUGCACGCGCUGAAGCAGAUGGCCGUGGAGAAGGUGUCGAGCGACUUGCUGAGUCUCAUGACGACACUAGCUAUCCGUGGCGCCCACGACAAGAUCCCUAAUGUUAGAUUCGUGGCUUCCAUGAGCUUAGAGCAGCUGUGCAAAUUCGCUGAUGCAUCUGUGGUCGCGGCUCAAGUCCGACCCUGUCUGACGGAGUUAGUGAAUGAUCCCGACAUGGACGUCAAGUAUUACUCGAGUGUCGCACUCGAUGCAGCCCAGGGCUAG